AUGAACCCUGCCUCCUCCCGAGCCGCGGUGCGCUCGAUGGCCACCAUGACACAUGCGGCCAGAGCUGUCAACCCCGCAGCCCGCAGCGUCCUGUCGGUUGCUGCACGCUCCCCGGCCUUUGCUAGCCGUGCAUUGAGUAGCCGCCAACUCGGCCAGUUCCCCCGCCUCCAGUUCCUGAACAACAGCAAGAGAGCCUUCAGCACAACUAUCAGCAUGUCUUCGGCUACUCGUACCGAAAGCGAUGCCUUUGGCGAAAUCCAGGUAAGUGACGUCGACUGCCAUAGCCCCUCGUCAUACCAUGACCAGCAGUUAACCUGGAGGUGCGAUGUUCAGGUCCCUGCGGACAAGUACUGGGGUGCCCAGACCCAGCGCCCCAGGACCGCAUGCCCCCCCCCCGUGGUCCAGGCUUUCGGUAUCCUGAAGGGUGCUGCCGCUACUGUCAACAUGAAGUACGGCCUUGACCCCAAGGUUGGUGAGGCCAUCAAGCAGGCCGCCGCUGAGGUCGCCGAGGGCAAGCUGCUGGACCACUUCCCGCUGGUUGUCUGGCAGACCGGCUCCGGCACCCAGUCCAACAUGAACUCCAACGAGGUCAUCUCCAACCGUGCCAUUGAGAUCAUGGGUGGCACCAUGGGCACCAAGAAGCCCGUCCACCCCAACGACCACGUCAACAUGUCCGCCUCCUCCAACGACUCCUUCCCCACCGUUAUGCACAUUGCUGCCGUCCUCGAGCUUGAGAACACCCUGCUCCCCUCGCUCAAGAAGCUGCGCGAUGCUCUGCAGGUCAAGGUGGACAAGUUCGAGCACCUGAUCAAGAUUGGCCGCACCCACUUGCAGGAUGCUACUCCCCUGACUCUGGGCCAGGAGUUCUCCGGCUACGUCGCCCAGCUCGACCGCAACAUCGAGCGUGUCCAGGCUUCCCUCCCCCACCUGCGCUUCCUGGCUCAGGGUGGUACCGCCGUCGGCACCGGUCUGAACACCUUCAAGGGCUUCGACGAAGCCAUCGCUGCUGAAAUCACCAAGAUGACCGGCACCGAGUUCAAGACCGCCCCUAACAAGUUCGAGGUCCUGGCCGCCCACGACUCCAUCGUCGAAGCCUCCGGUUCCCUCAACACCCUGGCCUGCUCUCUGUUCAAGAUCGCCCAGGAUGUCCGCUACCUCGGCUCCGGCCCCCGCUGCGGUCUCGGCGAGCUGAUCCUGCCCGAGAACGAGCCCGGCUCUUCCAUCAUGCCUGGCAAGGUCAACCCCACCCAGUGCGAGUCCCUGACCAUGGUCUGUGCGCAGGUGAUGGGCAACCACGUCGCCGCGACUGUCGGCGGCAUGAACGGCCAGUUCGAGCUGAACGUCUUCAAGCCCGUCAUGAUCCGCAACCUGCUCCACAGCGUGCGGAUCCUGUCCGACGGCAUGGACAGCUUCCGCCUCCACCUGGUGGAUGGCCUGGAGGCCAACGAGGCCCGUAUCAACUCCCUCCUGCACGAGAGUCUGAUGCUCGUGACCUGCCUGAACCCCGUCAUUGGCUACGACAUGGCCUCCAAGGUGGCCAAGAACGCCCACAAGAAGGGCACCACCCUGAAGGAGAGCGCCAUGGAGCUCAAGGCUCUCAGCUCCGAGGACUUUGACAAAUAUGUCCGCCCCGAGCUGAUGCUGGCUCCCAAGGAGCAUAAAUAA